CUCUGUUACAGUGAGACGGUCUGCACAGGGACAAUGACGGGAACACUCCUAUUGUGGGUCCUCAUCCUAAAUGCCUCGCUCAAGCCCUCAGAAAGCCAUGGUCACGACUUUGACCAGGUUAAGGACUACGAGGUUAUUCGACCCAUCAAACUUCACUCGGUUAGAAAAAGACAUACAGAGCAUCUCAGGCCGGAGACCGUUAAGUAUGCAAUGACCGUGGGAGGAAGAGAUAUCGAACUGCGACUAGAAAAAAACAAUGAAUUACUCACCAAAGACUACACAGAGACCUACUACCAAGAAGACGGGACUCAAGUCACCACAGCUCCGGAUGACGUCGAUCACUGCUACUAUCAUGGGAGCAUUGUGAAUGACAGUCAAUCAUCCGUUAGCAUCAGCACUUGUGACGGACUCAGGGGUUACUUCAGAAUGUCGGCCCAGAGGUACCUGAUUGAGCCCCUGUCUGGCGGCGACGAGGGGGACCACGCGGUGAUGACUUUUGAUGACAAGAACUCCACGCCCGCAGUGUGCGGCGUCACCAACACCAGCUGGAGCGACGACUUCGAACCGCCAACAAGCCAGAGCCGCUCCAGAUCAGCGGGUAUAUCUAUUGUCCAGAAACAGAAAUACAUUGAGCUCUUCAUUGUUGCUGAUAAUCGUGAGUAUGUGAAGAGGCAGCGAGAUCAGACAAAGCUGAGAAAGAGGAUUUUUGAAAUUGUCAACUUUGUCAACAUGGCGUACAAGCCACUGAGGACCUUCAUUGCUCUGGUGGGGCUGGAGAUCUGGACCGAUCGGGACUUGAUCUCCGUGACCCCUCCGGCAGGGGCCAACCUGGAAGCUUUCAGGAAGUGGAGGGACGCUGAUCUAGUGAAAAGGAAGAAGCAUGACAACGCACACCUCAUCAGUGGUAUUGACUUCGAAGGAUCAACUGUGGGACUGGCUUACAUUGGGACUCUCUGCUCGGCUCACUCUGUUGGAGUAAUACAGGAUCACAAUGACCGGUCCACCGCAGUUGGGGCGACCCUAGCUCAUGAGAUGGGCCAUAACCUGGGCAUGAACCAUGAUGACUCCAGCACCUGUCCUUGUUCUGGCGAUAGCUGCAUCAUGGCUGCAGCACUCAGCUGGAAUGUUCCCCGGACUUUCAGUGGCUGCAGCAGCAACGACUACGAGAAAUACCUGCUAGGCCGCAGCCCUGGCUGCAUCUUGGACAAACCGGACUACAGAACACUGGAGACUCCUUCAUUCUGCGGGAACGGAUUUGUGGAGAAAGGAGAACAGUGUGACUGUGGCAGCGUGGGGGAGUGCACCAACCCUUGCUGCAACGCCACCUCCUGCACUCUGAAGGAGGGCUCACAGUGUGCCGAGGGCGAGUGCUGUGACAACUGUAAGGUCUUACCUCGGUCCUGGGAGUGCCGCAGUAGGAAGGACGAUUGCGACCUGGCAGAGUACUGUGACGGAAAGAGCACCACCUGUCCCGAGGACGUCUUCGCUGUCAACGGCAUCCCGUGCAACGGAGACCUGGGAUACUGCUACAACGGCCAGUGUCCACAGAGGCCUGACCAGUGUGUCAAAAUGUAUGGACCAAGUGCCAUAGAGGCCCGUGAAUUCUGCUAUAAGCAGAACACCAGAGGAACCUACUAUGCCUUCUGCAGGCGCCCCCAAAAGGAUAACUUCAUCCCCUGCCAGCAAGAAGACAUGUAUUGCGGGAAGCUCUUUUGCCAUGGCGGUAACACCAACCCCAACUACGGCCGCAUGGUGAAGAUCAGCGACUGCAAGGCAAGUUUCUAUGAGGACCACACCAAAGACUACGGCCAGGUGGAUUCUGGGACUAAAUGUGGGGAUGAAAAGGUGUGCAGCCGGAACGAGUGUGUGGAGCUUGAAACAGCGUACAGGAAUAUAAACUGUUCGGCCAAAUGCCCAGGUCAUGGUGUGUGCAAUCACAGAAGUGAGUGUCAGUGUGAGCCCGGGUGGAUGCCUCCUCACUGCGGCUACUCUACAAUACACAAUUCGCUUUCAUCUGGAGUGAUCGCUGCCAUCACAGUGAUGAUUAUACUAGUGGUUUUAGGUGUCAUUGCUGGUGUGGUGGGAUUCAUCUGGAAAAGACGGCAAAGUCCCGUAUUGCCAACAGCACACACCCAGAGGAAGCCGCCUGCAGUGAACAGCUCCGCUACUCGCCUCAACAAAGGGCCGUUUCCUAGUAAACCCAUGCCAGUGCAGGCUGGACUGCCAAAACCCAAAGGACCUCCACCUCCACCGCCUCCAGCAGGGAACAGACCCAAACCCACGGGCCAUAACUACACAGCUGCACGCCAGGCUCUGAGGCCAGUACCUCCACCAAAGGUCUGACGUCUGCACAGUGCCACCUAUUGGUCAACCAGGGGAGACGCAUCUUUGUCCAUUAACCCAUGGGGCGGCUGUGGCGUAGUGGAGAGCAAGGUUGUUCUCCAAUCAGAGGGUCGGUGGUUCAAUACCUGGCUUCGGCAGUCGAUGUGUCCUUGGGCAAGACACUUAACCCCAAGUUGCUCCCGAAGGCUUGCCAUCGGUGUGGACUGGAUGAUGAAUGUUAGUUAGAGUCUGAUGGUGGCACCUUGCAUGGUAGCCUGUCAUCAGUGUGUGAAUGGGUGAAUGAUAUGUAAUAUACUACUGAUUGUAAGUCGCUUUGGAUAAAAGCGUCUGCUAAAUGACUGUAAUGUAAUGUAAUGUAACCCCAAAGAGAGCUGCUGGUAGUCCAGACCAGCUUUAUUUGAGGCGUCCUGUCACACCUGUUUCCUCCACAGGAGUAUGCAGAAUGGACUACAUGGACGUUAAAUUGUUACUUGCAUGCCAUGCACUGAGGACUCGUCAUUGCAGGGAUGAACUUUUUGUAAUUUAAGGCACUUUUUUUAUAUACUAUAGGGUUUGGGUUAUUGCAACUAGAAUCAACUCUGGCCCCUAUAUGUGAGCUAUAUCAUUUUAUACAUGGUGUGUUAUUUUAACAGCACAGAAUAUGGACUGGAUUUAUACAGUGUUCUGCAGUAGUUUCAAGUUAGCCAAUAUCUGAAAAAAACAACAGCACCAUGUUCCUGUGCAGUGCUGUGUUAAAGAAGCACUCACCUUUAACUGAAUAUUACUCCUCUCUGCUUUAACAGCUCUUGAGCAGGCAAUUAACCCUCUGAAUAUCCCCGGGGUUGCACUAGGCAGCUCCAAGCAAGAAUGUCAAUGAUGAAAGAUUUUAAACCAGAAAUGCUUAAUGUAAAUUUAUAUAUAUUUUGUACGAAUGCAUUGUGUGCAAAAGACUAAAUGUUAAAGCUGCAAGGAAAAACA